CCAGGUUUCAGCUUCGGACUGAGGACCUUUCUUUUACUCUGUGCAACCAGUCACUCUUUUCUGAUACAUUCUUUUGGCAAACUCUUUACACUCGUUAAGUUACUUGAAACCCUUUUUUCUCAAAGAGAUUUAUCUAAGCCAACAUGUUCUUCAACCCGAGAACUCUCCUUCUCGGGACUCUCUCCCUUCUCUUCACUCUCAGCUCUGCUAGCGACUGCGACGAAGGACCUUGGGCUCCAGUCUCCGCGACAGGGUCGUCAGACACUGGAUCUCCAUGGUGUGAGACGAAAUGGAAACAGGGACCGAUCAUCACUGGUGUAGAGGUCUGGUCCAACAACGAGCGCGUCAGAGCUAUCCGAUUCUCUUACUCUGAUGGCUCCGUUGGUGAGCUUCACGGUAGAAUUGAUGGAGAUCGACACGGAAUAAUCUCAUGGGAUCCUGCCAAUGACAAAAUCAUCCAAGCCACCACGUGGGGCGAUGGCAAGGCGCACGCUUUAGGCAGACUCUACCUCAAGACCCAGACGGGUAAGGAACUCAAUGUAGGGAAGGAUACCGGCGGUCAGGCUUCUUUUGAUCAUGAUGUCGGGUCCGGUAUCAUGAUGACUGCUUUCGGGCGGCAAGGUUAUGACAUUGACCAACUUGGUUUCAACUUCUUGCGUGGGGAGAUCAAGAAGAUCACCAUCGGAGACGUCAAGUUUGAGGAGAAUCCAGAUGAUCUGAACGCAGAGAAGAAGGGCUUGCAGCCAGUCAGUCUUGACUACCAACAUCUCAACAACAUCAACGGCGGGGACAAGAUCUACAAAGAAGUCACUCACAAAAGAACUGAGAAAACAAGCAAGACAUGGACUCAAAGCACCAUGCACACAUUCGGCAUCAAGUACUCUGUGGAAAUCUCCGGCGAAGUCAUGGACAUCGGUGUCAAAGCCUCCUACGAACUCAGUUACCAAUUCCAGAGGACGGAUACGAUUUCAACCACCGUCGAGGAUACCAAGGAAUUUGGCUGGACUUUCAAGAUGGAGGUCAGCCCUGGAAAAGAAUUGUACUGCCGUGAAUUUGCUUGGCAGGGAGUCUUUAACGGCAAAUAUACCAGCACGGUAUCUGUUGAGCUCGAAGAUGGGUACGUGUUCCAAUAUCCCGAGUCUGGUCAGAUGAACCAAGUUCAAUGGAGCGAGUCCACGGACGAAUGUCGAGACACAGACUUCGAUGAUGGUAUCCCCAAGACACCGGCUAAGGAAGAGCGGGGCCCUGAUGGCACUGACCAUGAGCUCAAGAAUAUACUGGGCGGUGGAAGGAUUACUUCUUCAAUGUACUAUUUGAAUUAA